AUGUUCCUUGUUGCCUAUAUAACCUAUCUCUACGGGACCAUGUACGUCUUCUUAAGUACCUUCUCGGGUCUAUUCGCAAAGGUUUACCACGAAACCCCCGGCUAUCAAGGGCUGAACUACAUCUCCCUCGCCCUAGGGCUCUUUCUCGGCACACACAUCUGCGCUCGCUCGCAAGAUCGCAUCUACAAAGCCCUGAAGCUUCGGCGCUGCAAGGAAGGCCUACCAGGGCGCCCCGAGUUCCGUGUCCCAAUGAUGGUACCCGGCGCGAUCCUAGUGCCUAUAGGCUUGCUGAUAUACUCCUGGACUGCAGAGAAGAGGACGCAUUGGAUGGGGCCCAACGUUGGUGCGUUCAUCUACACCACAGGACUUGCCAUGGGGUAUCAGUGCAUACAGGGGUACUUGGUUGAUUCGUACGCGUGA